AUGUUGAUUGGGAUGGACUUGACGACGUCAUUGCCAAUAGGUCAACCGAUAAGAAAUCUAGAGGGAAAGAAUAGACGAAGAGACGAGGCAGGUUUUGCCGAAUCCCCAAGAGUCUUGGAGAUUCAAUUGCCCGUUAAGAUAGCUACGAAGGAGGAUCUGAUAGCUUGGGCGAAAUACGUUAUGGGUUUGAUGGCCUCGAAGAUCAAUAUAACUUUAUCGGCGGUGAAGGAAGAGUUGUCGAGGACGACAGAUCAAAAUCGUUUGAAGAAACCUUUCAAACAACAAACCUCAAGUCAAACCUCAUCGAGAUUUACCGAUAUUAAAUCGAAAGAACUUUUGCAACCUCCUCCGCGAUUAAAUAGUGUCAAACAAAAUAACAAUUUCUUACCGCAAUAUCCCAACUUCGGCACAAGGAAUACUUACGAUUUGAACGACGAGGAGGUGAUACGUAACACGAACGACGUCAUUGUACCUCCAGCAGCAACUUAUCUUCCCGUGCCGGCAACCAAUCCUGGAAUAGACUCACGAUACAGACAACAAGAACAAUCCAUCGGGAAUUUGUUCUUCGAUAAUCUCGAAAGAAACUUAACUUCUAAUAAUUUCGGUCUUAAUACGUUUCACGAUGAUCUAUCCCUUAAAAAGUUUCUUAACGAUCCCGUUGAAUUAUCGUCGCCGAUAAGAUUUAAUAAUUUUACGACGUUACAAAGAAACUUGACCGAUCCUAUUCUACCACUUAUAAGCGUACCCUUCGAGGCAGUGAUAACUAUAACGAGAGAACAAUCGACCGAAUCUACUAUACCACCUAAUAAAACGAAAAAUCUCUUGGUCAUACCAAAGAGGGAUCCACCAGACGAAUUUCCUCCCUAUUUCGAAAGGAAUUACACUCUGAUCGAUCAGGACGGUCAGAUAAAUGUGAUAUUCGAUGAUUUUGUGACGAGAGAUAACAAUAAUGGCUCGAAGAAGAACGUUAGGCAAGAGACCGAAAAAGAGAAGGAUGAAAAGAGACGACAGCCUACGAUGCUCGGUGAACUCCUGCAACUUCUUCAAAUUUUAAGAAAAAAUUCGCAGAACGACACCAACGCGAAGAUAACCACAUCGAUUUCGAAGAUCAUUAAAGGUAUGAAGCCGCAGAAGGUACAAAUCGCUCCAGCUUAUAACGAGGUAAUUCUUUUAUCACUGUUUUUCUUUUCUUUGCGUAAUGCCACGUCAUAGGUACGAACGCGUGUGUGUAUAGGAAGAAAAAGGAAAAAACUCCGUAUAUUUCAGUCCACGUUAACAAAAUUAACAACGAAGGAAGAACUUAAUGAAACUAAUUCUGAUUCGCCGGAACUCGAACAACAGAUUAAUGACGAUGAUUAUGACGAUGAUGACACUAUGGGUGGAUCAUUACAAUCCUUGCUUGAUUUAUUGCCAUUAGCUGUGCCGAUUUUAGAAGAUCUCAGUGACCCAGAGUCGGAGACAGAUCUGGCUGAGGUUUUACAAGCUGCGAUACCUCUGGUACAAGGACUCUCUGAAGGUGACGGAGAAGAUGGUGUCGAUAUUCCUGGGGCCCUAGUACCGAUCUUGUUAAAUCUCAGCGGAGGUAAGGAUGGACGAGGAAGCGACGUAGCGGCUAUAGCUGGACCGCUUAUUCAAUUGAUAGCACCAUUGAUAGGACCAUUGAUCGGCCCUUUGAUCGGUCCAUUGAGUCAUUCGAGCAAUCCCCCUUACGGACAAGGUGGAUCGUCUUUAUCGGCAUUGGUAAAGUCCGUGGCAGGUCCAUUGAGUACGCCAACCGGACCAGGAAAAAUGUCACCCCUCUCGAAUUUAAUUGCCGGGGUCGUUGCUAGUCUAAGCAAAGAAAUUUCAGUUCCUGGAAAAGGUGGUUACGGCGGUGGAGGACUCGAUUUAUCGACAUUAAUUAGUACAGUCGUGUCAGGCUUCCUAGCAGGUACUAGUGCUGGGCUCAGUGGAUCAUCGAAAAGCGAUGGUCACAAGGAUUCUGUAUAUUCACCUACCAGCUAUGGUGAUUAUGGCGGAUACGGUCCUACACCAGCUAACAUGGUGAAUCCCGCGAAUCUGCUCGGAACUUCCAUCAAAGGCAUAAUCAACGGUGCACUACAAUUAGUCGGAUCCCUUCUAAAAGCAGUGACAGGGAUCUUAGGUGCCUCAUCGCAAGAACCAACACCUUCCUAUGGACCACCUACAAGUUAUGGAUAUCCUACUACAAGAGCACCUCCUUACGCUUAUAACUCUUAUGCUAAUUCUCCAAUUGGACAAACACCACCGCCAAGGCAAACGAAUGUGAAGAAACGUAUUAUUUAAUAUUCAAUUACUUAUUCAUUUCUUUUUCAUUUCUAUUCGACUAUCUAAAAUCUUGAUAUUUGUUGGACUCACAUGUCGUUUUAUAUUUCAUAAUUACUAAAAGUCUCAAAAGGAUAGAUCAUUUCAAUAGA